AAUGACAGUUGGAGCUGUCAAGGUUAGGGAAUUUUGUGUGGUUAUGAAUUAUGUCAUUCAAAAUAUUUUUACAAUAAUAUGCCUGAUUUUGUAAGAAAUUCCCGGAUCUUUUGUGAGUGGUAAACACUUGAGCGGCUUCGUACGAUCGCGAUGACAUUAGCCACAAUAAUGUAACGCGGAAAAAUGGAAUCGAGUGAAGAGUCAGGUUUGAGCACUCAGGAGGCCCUCCGAAGACUCCACAGUGAGAUCGAGGCGGUUUUGCAACAGUUGAAGCAGUCCCAGAAGGCCAGAAAAUCCAAGUCCUGGAUCAAAGACACAUUCCACCACUCCAGCCAACACACCACGAUCAAUUGGGUGUCUGCGAGUUUUCAGUUGUGGGCAGUGGCCAGUCUCUUCUUUGCUUUUAUCAUUGAACAAAAUUUUAUCUUACUUAUUGAAAGUAUCACAAUUUUAUUUUUUCUUCUAAUUAAUGUGACUUUGGAACUGUAUGAUAACAAAUUAAGGCAUGAGGAGGUCCCAAGUCGGGUGCAAGCGCUUCUUGAUACAAUUAAAAAGGUCUCAGAAGUGCGUUGGGAGAAGGAGAAUUACCCAAACUUGUGUUCACCGUUUUCGCCUUGUAUUACUCUACAAUUGACCUACAGGGAUAACAAACUAGUCAAUCUACCCUGGGCACUGUUAGUCAAAGAUGACCUAAUUGUGAUAAGGCCGGGACAAGUGAGUCCGGGUUAUUGCGAAGCGGUUGAUAAAACUUCCGAAUUUCCUCUACUCCACGCUAAAGAAGUAUAUGCACCGUCUUUACAAAGUGCCAACGAGAUUUUCAGUGCCCCAAAAAUACGAAAACCGCUAGAAAAUAAAAAAUACAGACUUCUGGAAACCCCAUAUUUAAACAAUUUAAGAAUUUAUUUAGAACAGUCACUGGACAGGCCUUGCACACUUCUCAAUAAACAGAGGCAUUUAGUGAUGAUCAAAAUCAUAGAGCGUUUUUUGCUCCCAAUUUGUUUUUUGGUCGUGUGCGUUGUGAAUUUGUUCCGAUUUUUGUUUCCUUUGGGCCCCAAUCGCCCCUCUGUGAUGUUCCUAAUCGUCCCAAUUUCAGCAAUUUUACCUUUGCUUCCGUUAAUUUUCCCUGUGGCGUGGAAUUUAUUGAAUUAUUUCGGAUUGGCUCGAUUUCGCUGCAUUUUGGAUAUCUCGAAAAAAAUUGAAGCUUACAAAGAUAACCCCCUUGAAGAAGACACUGAAACUUCAACCAUUGAUCACCAAGAGUUGAAAUGUCGUCGACGGGAACUUUGGAAAAAUUUUGUUUCCAUUAUUAAAGGACAACCGGAUCUGUUAGUACAUUCCGCCAAUAUUUUGCACGUCUUGGGGUCCGUCACUGCUCUUGGUUGUGUCGAUAAGAAAGGAAUCCUCUCAUGGCCCAACCCCACAGCUGAAAAAAUCUUUUUCCUUCACAAUAACGAAAACGUUUCCCCUUCAUCAAGUCUUGGAAACGUGGGGGACUUGGCCCCAGACGGUGACAGCGUCGGAGGGACCCCUCAUCACUACUUCGAAAGUCCAAACACCACAGUUGGUGAAGUUUUAGACUUAACACACAAUCACAGUGACCCUUUUAAACUGCAUUUUGAUGAUCAUGAGUGGCACCAAUACUUAACUUCUCUAAAACCACUAGGACUAGCAAUUUUGCUAAACACUUGCAAUGUUGAAACACAGGAGCACUACGCUGCUUUUUGUAGUCACAUCACCUGUGAGGCCAUUUACAACGAAAACUUAGUCCCAGUGAGCAAUCGACGCUGUCUUUGCGAGUUAGCCAAAGAAAUUGGGUUUGUGGAUCAAGCCCAGAAAAUUUUCGCACUAGAACAACAACUUUCCACUUUCCGACACUUGCAACCGGAAAUGGUUCGUAGAGAUAAUAAAUAUGCCCGGACUUUGCAACUUUCGACAAAACUCAAAUUUCCAUUCCCUCACAUGUUUGCUGUUGUCGUCAAAGAGUUGAGUAGUGGGUCUAUGCAGUUGUUAUCUGAAGGAACAGCUGAUAUAAUUUUGGAUUCGUGUGUGGAUUAUUGGGACGGACAUGAUUUGUGCCCCUUGACUCCUUCUGAUCGUAAAAAAAUCCUGGAUUUUUAUCAAAGGAGCAGUCUCACGGCGUAUUGUACGGCUUUCGCCUACCGGCCCUUAAAUAAAUGUGUUAGCAGUAAACUGGGAGGAGUUUAUUUGGAAUUACCGAGUGAUAGUAGACACCUGUAUAUGAAUUACAGGAGUCCCACGCCGGUCCAUUGGGACUGUAAGAGUGUCCUUGAGCCCAAGAUCAAGACACCUUUAGGGCAAUUUUUUAGCACUGACUCUCUUUUGUACAAUGAUUGUCCGUCGGUUGACGUUUCUGAUGCCGAAAGUUGCUUCCAAAUGCAGUGUAAUCAGGUUUUCAUCGGAAUGGUCACUAUGCAAUACCAAGCAUUGACCGACAUGGUUCAGCUAAUCGAACAGUUGGAACGUGCCUGCAUUCGAUUCGUUCAUUUCAGUAAGGAAAAUGAACUCCGCUCGCGCGUUUUCAGCGAAAAAAUGGGGCUAGAAAGCGGCUGGAAUUGCCACAUUUCGCUUUUAAGCGAACGUAACAGACGUGACAGUGGACAAGCGGAAACCGUUAGUACCAAUCCUCGGAAAGAAAGACAGAGACGGUUAUCGCAAAGUGCUCGCAAGCUAACUCCGCAUAAUGACGAAAAGUCUUGUUUACUCUCUGAUAGCAAUUUGGAAUCAUCCCGAACAAUGAGUUUCUCGGCCCCCAGUGCCAUAAACAUGGAGCAUUCGGUUGUAAAGUUUGACACAGAACAAGAAUGCCUCAAUAAAAAUUCAAGUGACCAAAGUGGAGUAUACUCCACAAAAAUGGCAAGUCGUGACAGUGUCCAAAUCCACAACGAAAUCAACACUUCGCACGAUUGGCAAUCUUUGAGUUGUCUCACCGACAGUACCGAGCAGAGCGCCCCCAUUAACUUCGACAUGAGCAACCGGGCUAAAUUACCCCGUGGCAUUGAUAAAAUUCGCCCCCAUAUCGAGCUUAUCGAUAAUGUCCCUUUGCUAGUUUCCCUCUUUACCGACUGUACCCCCAGUGCGACCCGCGAAAUGCUCAAUAUCAUGCAAGACUACGGCGAAAUCGUAUGCAUAAUGGGCUCCUCGGCCAACUGCGAAAACGCUGGGAUUUUCAUGCAGGCCGAUGCGAGUAUCGCUGUAGACCCCCUAUUUCCGCAAAUGUGUCAAAAAGUCCCAGUUUAUCAGAAACCAAAGACGGGAGUUUCGCCACUAGAUUUGUCGCGAGACUUGAACUCUAUCGCCUGUUCCCUGUGUCUUAAACGCGAGGAUCCGAUCUCGUUUUAUCAUCUAGUCAUGGAAGCGCGCCAUUUUGUCACCAUCCUCUGGAGUGCGGUUCAGUUCUGGGUGUCUUGUUGCGUCAUCUUGAGUGUCAUGCAGUUGGUUUCGGUAUUGGUGAUGUUGCCUCCAGUUUUGACCACGGGACAAAUCUUGUGGUUGACUUGUUUGGUUGUUCCAAUGUUGAGCGUGUCUCUGAUGGGGCUUCCGGUCGAUCCGGAAGUCAUGAAGAAGCCACAAGGGAAGAACCAAGUGGGGGUCAAUCUUGGUAUUUCGAUGUUUAUUCUGUGGUGUUACGGAUUGAAGUUUUUUCCGACUGUUGUUGUUGUUAUUGUGACGUUUGUAGGCAUUUUGGCUGAGCAUUGUGUAGAGAUUUGUGGCAUACGAAAUUGCACCUGUCAAGCUUUUUAUUUAUCGACUGAGUUCAUAUGGGAAGAAGAAUCCUGGACGAUUUCAACGGCAAGACUUAUUACUGUGUUCAUUGUUUUACUGCAUUUUGUUGUUAUUUCGAUAGGUUUUGUUUUUAGAGAUUAUUUAAUUUAUAAAAGACCACCAAUCAAGAAUCUUUACUGGAUAAUAACUUGCUUUAUUUUGGUAUUGCUUCAAAGUAUUUAUACGAUUUUAAGUUUUUAUAAUAUAAAAAAUAAUACCGAUAGUAGUAUCCAACUGCAAAUACCACUUUGGGUGAUAAUUUUUGCAGCAAUAUCUCCGUUUUUAGUGUUUUUUAUCAAUGAACUAAUUAAACAGCAGGAAAUAAUGGUAAAUAAACGAUUCAGGAAGAGAGCCCGAUUAGACUUUGGAACAAAAUUAGGAAUGAAUUCUCCAUUUUAACGAUACGAACUGAACACUAUAUUUUUAUAUAAUUGGUAUAAACGAAACCAGUUUACUGAUUUCAUUUGAUAAGACUGGAAUGUUGUUUAUAUAUAAAAUAAAAGUGUUGAUUUUAA